AUGGAAUUAGACAAGAAACUAAAAGAUGAAGCCCUCUUGGUAGUUCAUCCGGUUAAAUCAAAGGAAGAAAUUGAUGAACUUAUUUAUGAGGCUAACCGAUCAGUUUUUGCUAGCGGACACUGGCAAGAAACCUCUAAAGUUAAGGCAGACAAUGUUGACAAUAGCAACAUAGCAGAGGAACUAGUACAAACUAUUGAAACAGAGACAUCAACACAAACAGAGAAACCGACACAGAUUGAAGAACCUACUGAAGAUAAAGGUACUAGCACAGGGCCACCAAAGACUGAGAAUCUGGUAGUUGAACUUUCAAAGAAACUAAAAGAGAAACAAACUGAGGCAGAGGCUGAACCAGCACCUGAUCUAACAUCAGGCAAACCGAAUGAAGCAUUUGAUAGUAAAGGGGAAAGAGUGAUAGAGAAAAAUGAUCCCAUUAAUGUGGAUGCAUUAUAUGUUGAGGAUGUUACUUCAGACAUAAAGAAGGAGAAACGGGACAAAGAAAAAGCAGAGAAAGAGAAACAAGACAAGCAAAAAGCUGAAAAAGAGAAGCAGGACAAAAAACAAAUGAAGAAAGAGCAAGUGGAAAAAAACACUGAGAUACCAGCUCAAACAGAGCAAAUAGAGACUGAGAAACAAACAAAGGACAAGACAACUAGCAUAGGGUCACCAGAAUCUGAGAAACUGGCAAUGGUACAGAUAGAGAAACAAUCUGAGGCAGAGGUUCAUAUUGAGCCUGUGACACCGACAGUGCUUAUUCAAACUAAGAAACCAUCAAAGGUAGAGGUAUUGGGUCUGAUUCCGGAUGAAGAGGAAGAAGUUAAGGAAGUUGAACGGGAGAAAUUGGAGGCUGAAGAUCUUCCUGAUGGCUUUAAGAUAAUUGAUUUUAAGCCUGAUGAAAUUAUGCUAGAUGAUCAACUGGAUGCAGGGAUUAUUGAAGAAUCGGAAGGUCCUGAGGUUUCUUUAAUGAAUUGGAAAGGUGAAGAGUUUUGUGGUGUUAAUCAUGCACAAGUGCAGAAUCGACCUCAUACACCUAUUGUAGCUAACACAAGGUCAAAAAAGUGUGUUAUUGACAUUGGACAACAAGCUGCAAAUCAUCAACAACAAGCUACAAAUCAUCAACAACAAGCUGGAAUUGGUCAGCAACAAGCUGAUAAGGCAAAACAACAACAAGAUAAUUCAAAACAACAGGCUUCUACAAGCUACUAG